AUGGAGAAGUCCGAAGUCUUCGAUGGAAGCGACACUUCUAUGUCAGGCAACGGGGCUUAUAUCCCAAACCAACCCGAUGUCAAAUUGGUACUGGGCGGCUACCCAGAUAUCUAUCUUCCUGCUGGCAGUGGCGGAGGCUGCGUGACCAGCGGCCCCUUUAAAGACUACAUACUCAGCAUGGGACCAGCAGAUCUAGUCGUACCCGGUCGCAACAUCAGUGUGAGCCCACAUCCUCUAGACUACAAUCCCCGGUGCCUGCGACGAGACUUGACCAGCGCGAUUCUGCAAAAGUUCAACAAAUUCUCCGACAUCGUGGAUCUUAUCACAAAGAGCAACGAUGUCUGGGACUUUGAAAUGACUAUGCAAGGCUUUCCCGAUUCAGGAGUCAUUGGCGUCCACGGUGGCGGUCAUUUCGCGAUGGGUGGUGAUCCUGGCCGUGAUGUUUUUGUCAGCCCUGGUGAUCCGGCUUUCUGGCAUCACCAUGGUAUGAUCGACUAUGUUUGGUGGAUUUGGCAGAAUUUGGAUUGGGAGGCUCGUGGGGACGCAAUCUCGGGGACAGGUACUUUUUUGAAUGACCCUCCAUCGGCGAAUACGACGCUUGAUACGGUUAUCGAUGUUGGUUAUGCGGGUGGGGAUCCCAUUGCUAUGAAGGAUAUAAUGAGUACAACAGCUGGUCCGUACUGUUACAUCUAUGUAUGA